CAAGCUGUCGCUGGCGGCAGAUUCGAGCUGCUUUGGGCGGACGAGGUGGCGGGAUGGACGAGGCAGUCGGGGACCUGAAGCAGGCGCUCCCUUGCGUGUUGGAGUCACCCGUGAUCAACGUGGAGGUGCAUCUGCGCUGCAACAGCACUGCAAAAAAAGAAGAAAUAAAGCUGAGUGUUGUAAAGCUACUAAAUAGACAUAAUAUCGUGUUUGGAGAUUACACAUGGACCGAGUUUGAUGAUGCUUUUCUGUCCAGAAAUGUGCAGUCUGUGUCUAUUGUUGAUACUGAGUUAAAAGUGAAAGAACGACAGCCAAUUGACUUGAGCAAAUGUACUCUUGCCCUUCAUGUCUUCCAACUGAAUGAAGAAGGACCCAGCAGUGAAAAUUUAGAAGAAGAGUCAGAAAAUAUAAUUGCAGCAAAUCAUUGGGUGCUGCCUGCAGUUGAAUUUCAUGGUCUUUGGGAGAGCCUUGUAUAUGAUGUUGAAGUUAAGUCACAUUUGCUUGACUAUGUGACAACAACCUUAUUAUUUUCUGACAAAAACGUUGAUAGCAACCUAAUAGCCUGGAACAGAGUUGUUUUGCUACAUGGUCCUCCAGGAACUGGAAAAACAUCGUUAUGUAAAGCAUUAGCUCAGAAAUUGACAAUUAGACUUUCAUGCAGGUAUCAAUAUGGCCAAUUAAUUGAGAUAAAUAGUCAUAGCCUUUUCUCUAAGUGGUUUUCAGAGAGUGGUAAACUAGUAACAAAGAUGUUCCAGAAGAUUCAAGAGUUAAUUGAUGAUAAAGAAGCUCUGGUGUUUGUGCUGAUUGAUGAGGUGGAAAGUCUUACUGCAGCCCGUAAUGCCUGUAGGGCAGGCACUGAACCAUCAGAUGCAAUCCGGGUUGUCAAUGCUGUUUUGACACAAAUUGAUCAGAUUAAAAGGCAUUCAAAUGUUGUUAUAUUAACAACUUCAAAUAUUACUGAGAAAAUUGACAUGGCCUUUGUAGACAGAGCUGAUAUAAAACAAUACAUAGGACCUCCAUCUACUGCAGCUAUUUUCAAAAUUUAUCUUUCUUGUGUAGAAGAACUAAUGAAGUGUCAAAUAAUAUAUCCACGGCAACAACUAUUGACUCUUCGAGAACUAGAAAUGAUUGGAUAUGUUGAAAAUAAUGUAUCAAGGCUGAGUCUACUAUUAAGUGAAAUUUCAAGGAAGAGUGAAGGACUUAGUGGCCGAGUCUUGAGGAAACUUCCUUUUCUUGCCCAUGCAUUAUAUAUACAAACACCGACCAUUUCAGUAGAAGGCUUCCUCCAGGCCCUUUCACUUGUAGUGGACAAACAAUUUGAAGAGAGAAAGAAGCUUUCCGCUUGCACUGGAUAAUCUGUUGUAUCUGACUCAGUUGCACACCCAGUCAUUGAUUUAAUAUUCUUAAGCACAGCUGUUGCCCCUCUAAUUCCAUCUUUAAAGAAGAGCUAAACUGGUGGUCAGAAUUACUCAUAUUCCUUUAGUCUUUAUUAAAAGCAUUAGUCAGUGUGUGCUACACACAACAUCAUUGUCAAACUCCUUUAGAAAGACAAAUGUCCUAUUGUGCUCACUGUGCUGAGGGGAAAUUUAGAAUGUAUGUACUGACAGUUUUGUUCAUAUCUGCCCAAAGAAUCACUUUUUUCUGUUGAAUCUUUUUAUUUCCUUUGUAAAUUUAAAAUAAAAUGGUUAACAAUUUAGCCUUCAGGCACAUUAUAUAAUAACUAAUUGUUGUUAAAUCUUUGACUUAUAAUUAGAGCAUUUAACAAUAUACAUCAUACAAGAUACAGCAUGACAUUGAUUUAUCUAAUUUUCUUAUUUAAUGCACAGGUGCUAUAUAUAGUGUGUUUAAACAGAAGUCCCACACUUUUUAUAGGAAAUGGGAGAAAUGUUUCACUCUUUGUAACAUUCAAACAUAGCCUAUUAGAGCACUGUAAAGUUUAAAAGUAAAAAUGUUUAACAUUAAAAACAGAUGUAUAAUUACUCCUAAUAUACCUCAUAACCUUAUUGUAACUACACUAUAAUUUUGGUUAAUAAUUUUAUUUUUAUGUGUUUAUUUGUUGAAUAAAUGCUUAUUUCUUGAAGAUUGAGUUACAAAUUAUGUGCCAUAGAAAAUGAACUGUUCAAUAAUGAGUGUAAAAUGAACUUCAUGAAUUCUACAAAUUAUAUUUCAUUUUCCUCUCUGGAUAAGAUAAAUCCAUGUUAGUGUGUUCUAUAUAAUAUCUACUCUUAAAGAU